GUUUAUGCGACUGCUAUUGCAGGUCUUCCGGAAGCAGAUUUAACGGAGUCAACAAAAUUCAGGGUGUUUUUGACUUGACAAGAAGAAGAAAAAAAGAUGUCGGGAAGCUUUUACUUUGUCAUGGUUGGUCAUCAUGACAAUCCCGUGUUUGAAAUGGAGUUUUUGCCAGCUGGGAAGGCCGAGGCAAAGGAUGAUCACCGCCACCUGAACCAGUUCAUUGCACAUGCAGCCCUGGACUUGGUGGAUGAAAUGAUGUGGCUCUCCAACAGUAUGUACCUGAAAACUGUGGACAAGUUCAACGAGUGGUUUGUGUCAGCCUUCGUCACAGCAGGACAUAUAAGAUUCAUCAUGCUGCAUGAUGUGCGGCAAGAAGAUGGAAUCAAAAACUUUUUCAAUGACGUGUAUGAUUUAUACAUUAAGUUUGCCAUGAAUCCUUUCUAUGAAGUCAGCGCACCAAUCCGCUCAACAGCAUUCGAGAGGAAAGUCCAGUUUCUUGGGAAGAAACAUCUUCUGAGUUAAUAGUUUCAUGCAGGAAUUUGAAUCCUCAUCGUUGUAUAUAUUGAAUGUUCUUGUUUUUCCUCUUCCUGAUG